UCUGUAAAAUGUACAUGCAUAUCUGUGAAAAGAUGUGCAUUAAAAUUUCACUCUGUGAAGAUGCAUAACGAUUGGUUACUGAUUAAGGGAGCACAACUUUUUCACAAAGCAGCGUAUAUAACACUGUUAUCACGGAAAGUUAGAGAAAAGCAUUUGCCUGUCUUCUGUGUUAUCAUGGACUUAAAUCUGUCAUUUUAAUGACUACAUAUUACAGGUUAAAGGAAUCUGAUUUUACUGUAAUAUUAUUCAAGCUUCCAAAAGGAUCGCUAUCUAACGAAACUUGUAAACAAUUGUUGGUAUCAUCAUUUUGCAAUGCAAAGGUUUAAUCUUGUGAUUACAAAUUGGUGACGUUAUGGAGCUAAAAGUAUGGGUAGAGGGUAUACAACGUAUUGUGUGUGGUGUUACAGAAACCACUACAUGUCAGGAUGUAGUAUAUGCUCUUGCCCAUGCAACUGGACAAACAGGUAGAUUUACUUUAGUAGAAAGAUGGCGUACAAAUGAGCGUCUCUUACCUCCGUAUGAAAAUCCUCUGAAGAUCUUAGUCAAAUGGGGAGAAUACUCUUCGGAAGUACAGCUGAUACUAAGACGCUCUUCGCCAGAAAAUAAUAAAACUCCUAGUUCGUUAGGAACCCGUUCAACCCAUGGUUCAAGAUCAAAUGGUUUGGUAAGCUCUGCCUCUGAGCAUGCCACAAUGCUCAAUAGUGGACAAGAUGAUACCAAGAGUGCCACAACAGUUUCAAACUCUGAAUUUGAUGAUUUACAAGGAUGUCUUGAUAGGAAUCGUCACAUUAGACAAUCUUUAACAUUUGGAGGAUUACAUGGGAAUGUUAUGGAAAAUAAUACGGAAAUUCAAAUGGAAAAUGUUGCCAUAGUUCAACCCACACCUCAUUUAAAAAAUAAGGAAUCGAAUAUAAAAAAAAAUAUACAAAAACCGACUCAGUCUCCUACUUGUACGAACAGUGAAAGUAACACACAUUUAUCGCAAAAAAAAAUACGUGAAGUUCCCCCAUAUAGGGAUCCUCCAGGUCCAGCUUCGCCGCCUUUACGAACUUUACCCCCCUACAGGGAUCCUCCACCACCUAAUUUAAAUAGUCCUGGAAGAUCUCAAUUUCAAUCUAGUACAAAUAGUGGAAGUCCUCAUGUUCAUAAAGAAGAUCAACCAUCUUCUAGUAAUUCUGUCAAGCUAAAAAGAAAUCUAAUUCAGGAAUUUCAAGAUACAAAAGGACAAACUCAGUCUGUAAAUCAGUUAUCUGGUCAGACUCAGAACAUGGUUACUGUUGCAUAUACUCAACGAUACGUUGAACUUAUCAGACUAGUCAAUAAGCAACGUGAUACUAUUAAUGCACAACAAGCAGAUCUUACUAAAUUUGAUGCUGAAAUAUUAUAUUGGGAAACUAAGAACAGGGAACAAAUGCAUCAGAUGGAUUUCAUUUCUCAGGAAGUAAGUCGUAUGGAAACUACAGGUCGUCUUAUCGAGGAACAGCUGAAAGAAUUGGCACAUGUAGAAGAAGAAAGUGAAAUAGUUAGACAACAAGAAAAAACUUUAAAGUCGGAAAUCACUUUGUUAAGAUCAAAACUCGCUAAUUGUGAAACAGAGUUACUUCAGUGUAAAAAUAAAAUCAGAUUAGUUAUGGAAGAGCUUGCUAUAGAGCAACACAAUAUAAGUCGUGAAACAGAUGAAAGACAAAUAAUGGAACGUAAAAUCAUUAGCGAAGUUGAGCAUCUUCAAAACGAAGUAGAACAAGCUAAACGUUCAGCUGAAUUAGCUUCGCAAUGUGCGGAAUCGCUCAAACUUGAGGUAGUAAGUUUGGAAUCGGCGAUUGUUGAGAAAAAAUUACAAGUCGAACGACUAGUAGCUGAUAUGAAAGAAGCUAAUUUACAAAGUCUAGCUGUUGCUUGUCAAGACGAACAAGUCAAAUCGUUACUAGAAGGUGCUCACAAGCCUGGAAGUACGCGUAAAAUGAUAGGCUCCCCACGACAAUUAGAGACUGCAGUACCUACGAGCAAAAAUCCACACGGUGUUUGGGUAUAAACAUAUAUUACGUCGAUGUAAUUCAAUAUGUCGAACAUAAUAUCUUUCAUUCUUAAUAUAACACAGCUAAAUAUUUUAUCUAGAGACAUACGCGCUAUAUGCGCAUUUAGGGUCAGUCACACGGGCAUUGGCGUCGAUAUCGGUUACCGAUUUUGGCAAGACAACCACAAAAGAUUUUUAUGACUAUUUGAAAGCGAUUGAAAUAUAGUUGACAUCCAAUCGUCGAUGGCACUGUCGAUGCUAACAUCCGUGUGACAUAGCCCUUAGUGGGGACGACGUAAGUAAAAUAAAUAUUUUCCUUUCGUAUCGUUCAUGAAUUUAUAGCUGUUUGUUUCGUCCACUGGCCAUAUAAUUUUCAACAAGCAUAGCUAUAAGUGUUAACAGUAGUCAUUUUAAACAUCAUCAUGUGUAUAUAAAGGAUGAUAGAUAUCGGACAAUACAUUUAUUCAAAGUACUAAAAUUAUAAAUCGUGUGGUGCACUCGCAUUGUUUAACUUACAAAAACGUACUUAUAAAUU